AUGCUAUGCUGCACAAAGAAGAAAAAGCUUCCUAUGUUUAAAAAGGCUGAUAUUUACUUACUUUCUCAAAAAUACAGGCUUUCUAAUCAAGAAUUGCAGUUAAAUGAGCAAAGGUUUAACAGAAUGGCCCAAGGCGACUCCUUUACAAUCCAAGCUUUUCGAGAAAACAUGGGCCUUUUAGGCUUGCAGUCUACAAGGAUGAUUGCUGACCGUAUCUUUAAGGUGAUGGACAAAAAGAACACAGGCCGCGUCACCUUUGAAGAAUUCCUUGAUUAUAUGGAUGUCCUUAUGCAUGGCACUCCAGAUGAAAAAGCUUAUCAGUCUUUUAAACUUGUAAAAAAGCGGGACCGUGACGAAAUCACAUAUGACGAUUUUGCCUCUUGGCUCAUCAGUGUUUGAAAAAUGUACAAUGCCCUUACUGGGAGUGAGGUAAAUGCUAGUGAGGAUGGGAUCAGAAAAUACUUCGAUUUACUUGACUUUAAGAAAGAUGGGGUUAUUGAUUUUGAAGAAUACAAGCUCAGCAUGAAAAAUAAUAAAGAACUUUUUGAGUGGUUUGACUUUGUGAAUCGAGGGGUAGCUGAGAAGUUUAAUGAAGAGGUCGUUCCAGAAAUACAAGAAAAAAACCCAUUUGUACAAAGACUUGAAACGGUUGAAAAACAAUUAGCAAGCUGCAUUGAGCUGCUACUUGGAAAUAAAGUUGAACAAGAGCCAGCAGCGCAGGUGAAGCCUCCACCAUUUCCACAAAUAUCACCUCUUUCGUUGCCGUCAUUGGGUGGGCAGUCUUUUAAAGCUUCAGAGCCUCCGCUACCUAUAGAAAGAGAAGAGGAAGAGCCAAGCUAUAUCAGGACUUCAGAAAUACCUAUUGAUAUUGAUGAAGUUGACUUACUCCCCCCCCCCCCCUCCGUGAGCGAACAAAAAAAUUUUGUUCACUCACGGAGGGGGGUUAAUUUUUUUUUUUAAAAAAAAUUUAUAUAUAAAUUUUAUAAAAAAUAUUUUUUUCGAAAUUUAAAAAAUCCUAAUUUGCAAAAAUUGGGAAGCAAAUAUUAAUUUAAUUUGCAAAAUUUAUGUUUUAAAACGCAAUUUGUUUAAAAUUAAACAGAAUUAGCUCUAGAUUUCAUUAUACUAAUUAUCACUUAUAUAUCAAAAUUUUUUUCCAUUAAAAUUUUUUUCUAUAUUAAAAAAAUUUUUGUUCGCUCACGGAGGGUGGGUUUUUGGUCAAAAAAUGGUGAUUUUUCUAAUGGUUUUGUUCGCUCACGGAGGGGGGGGGGAGUUAGAAAGCAUGCUUUCUUUAGCUGAUGAAACCAUGGAUGAUGCCCAUUUUAUAUCAGAUUGCCAGCUUUUAGGAGAUAAAGAAAACUUUAAGGUGGGAAUGCGCAAAUUAAGUGAAGAAGAAAAAGUCAAAAAGGAAGAAGAGGAAGAAAAAGAGGCAGAGGAGGAUAUAGAGCCUGAAUAUUCAGGCAAAAAUGCUGUGCUAUCUAUGCUAAGAGACCUUUCAGAGAAAAUGAAAUCUUUAAGAGUUGAUGUCGAAGAAAAUGCUCAGGAUAAGUCACCAUGAAUAAGGAAAAAAUCAAGUGCAAGAACCAAUGUGCCUAAGCCAAUUCUUGAAAGGAAAAAUACUUUUGUUCAAUGGGGUGAUGAGGAUUGGAAUUUAAUUUUGAAUAUGAUGUUAGGGAUCCAAAAAACUGUAAAAGCAGCAGCUACAAUCCCAACAGCUGAAGGGCCUCCAACAAACGAUGAUUUCAAAGAAGUUAGAAAGCAUUCUUUGCUGCCUGGUCAGCUUAAUGCCCAAAGAAGCAUUUGCAGAUUUAGAGACUACGCCCCAUUGAUUUUUGACAGAAUCAGGAAAUUUUAUGGACUGGAAGCUCAUGCUUAUAUAAAAUCAUUAGGUGUUGAAAAAAUCAUGAGCAGCCUCUUAAAAAGUGAAUUUUCUUCACUCAUAAUUAAAAUAUGGCGUCUUCGUCUAGGCAUGGCCUCCCGGCCAUGCAGCCUCGACUCAUAUUUUAAUUAUAUCCGGCAAGGUUUUACCAUUUCAGAGAUGGACAGCAAUGCUAGGUAAGCAAUUCUGGUAGCUUUCAGAGCCUAGCCCUAGUCUAUUCUCAGGGGUGGAUUUUUCCUCGUGGGGAAGGAAGGUGCAGGGUUGGAAAGGGGAAGCCCAGCAAAGUCCUCUGGACCAUUCGGGCAACUCCCUAGCGUGAAACUGGGCGUUACGUCCCAGGCUUUGCAUUUUUCCUUUUUGCCGAUAGCCGACCAGAAAAAAUCCAUUUUUUGGGUUUUUCGGAAAAGCAACCCAUGUACAAGCAAGUAGCUCAUCCAUGAGCCGUCGAAGACGUGGACAUUUGCCCUAGAAGCACCUUGGCGAUCGAAGCGAGUUUGUCUCCAGCAGGCUGGUGGGCCCGAUGCGACGAAAGGCGAGUGAUAAACCUGGAGUUGUAACCCCGUAGUGGACGUUAAGCGAUAUAAAUUCCAUAAGAUAAGAUAAGAAUUUUCUUCACUCAUAGGCUUAAUGUCGACAGGAAAAAGCGGCAGCUUUUUCUAUUUUAGUGAUGAUGGAAAAUAUGUCCUUAAAACCAUGACUCGGGAAGAAUACGUAUUUCUAAAAAAAAUCCUCCCAGAUUAUUAUCGACAUCUUAUAGACAACCCCAACACUCUUAUUCCUCGUUUUUUUGGAUUUCACAAAAUAAUGUAUAAAAACAGAAAACAGUUCGUUAAAAGAUAUUUCAUUGUCAUGGCAAAUGUAUUUUACAGUGGAUACGAAGUUCAUAUGAGAUAUGACUUAAAAGGAUCGACUUAUGGAAGAGAAACGAAUCCUGAAGAAGACUAUACAGUUGCUAGAAAAGAUUUGGAUUUUACGAGGUCUCAGAUGAAAAUCAAGCUAGGGUCUAUGAUGAGAGAAGAGUUUUUGAGGCAGGUCACCCUUGACUGUGAAUUUUUUGAGCAUAUGGAAAUAAUAGACUAUAGCUUACUGGUAGGAAUUCACCAUUUAAGGGAUGAAACUAUACCUAGGACAGAAAAUGCACCGCUUGUGGAAAAAGAUAAUGGGGGAACUGUUUCAUUUGAUAGGCAAGAACUAUAUUUUCUUGGAAUUAUUGAUAUUCUAACAUUUUAUAGUGCUAGAAAGAAACUUGAACAUAUGAUCAAAGGUGGGCUAUAUGGAGCGGACCAAAUUUCUUGUGUCCCACCGUCAGCUUAUGCGAGCAGGUUCAUUAAUUUCAUCACAUCUAUUGUUGAAUAA